UGGUUAGUCGCUGGCAAUACGCCCGCCAUGGACGAUGUCGAGGCGGCCCGAGUUGAUCCUGACUCGAUCCCCGGUAAAACCGCGUGUUGCUGCCUACCGCUUCCCCAGGGAGAGGAUCGAGACAAAAUUUUUGCACAAGGCGGUGCGUAGUGAUACCGCGUUGUUGGAACAUUAUCACGUGCAGUGUGUGUAAUUAACCGUGUCUAGCAACAACAUUAUAUAAUUGUAAACAAAAAAAAAAAAAAAAAAGAAAGAAAAAAUUUAAAUUCCGUGUCAAUUAUCGUUAUUUAUUUAUUCACACCAAUAAACUCGUUGUUGUCAAUGACGUAAAAGUGUACGUUGAGUCUUUUGAUUUGUUCUGUGCCAGUGUCGUAUAAUCUCUGUGCCAAUAUGCGUAUUGCAUUGUUCGGGUAAUCGGUGUAUCGAUAUGAAUUGACUGUAAAGAACUAGGAGGGAAAAAAACUGCGUUACAUCCGUUGUUUUAUACUGCACCGAUAAGAGGCCGUCCACUUCGCAAGCGCGAGAGCUAAUUGUCAGAUAUAAAUCGCAGUAGACGACCGAGUUUCCGUCCUAGUCCGGAAACCGGGCGAGAAAAGUUCUCGACAAGAAAGCAAAACAUACUUACCGUGUGUAUACACGCUUUUCACCUUAUAUUGCAGUUCGCGGAACGAACGUUGAGUUGGAUUACGGUGUAGAAAGUAGCGGGCUUAGCUUGUGUCGUAACGCGGUUUAAUAACAACGUCUACCUACUCGAUUGUUGAAUCAUUCGGAUAAUUUUGAAGCGGUUAAAAAGUUUUGGGAAUCGAUGAAAUCGUACUGGUGAACCGCUAGUAGUUUCUGCUCGUACAAUUGUAGUAAGGAAGCAAGUAAAGUGUUUACAGUAACCGGUUUUCGUAGGAGUUAUCGAUGAUAAACCGAUAUCUGACAACAAACAGUAAACGGACGAACCAAGAAGAAGACGAAGGAAGAAGACGAGGACUACCGUCGGACGGUUGCGGUCACGUAGACAGAAAAUUUUGAAGAAACGCGUCUUGUCCCAUUUGCAUUGGAUCGUUGGAACCUAUGUGUUUUAGUUGUGUCAUCGUCAUGUCAGUGCCACCCAGUGAACAAGUUUAAACGAUAUCAAUCGCUGACGAGCGACUAACCGCGUAAUUGUGAAAAAUUGGUGAAAAUUUUGGCGACAAAGGAUUAACCGAGGGUGCAUCUCGAGCAACUUUAGUCAGGAUGAUGAUGGCUCCUCCACAAGUUGUCGGGGUGUUGUUGAAGAAGCCCGGACAACGCGAAGACUCUCUAACUCAUCCCAGAGUGCCGCCGUUGGAUCCACAAGAGAUAAAAAUUCGCGGUGAACUGUACGUGGAAAACCUGGGAGAGCAGAGGAUGGUGACGAUCAGGAUGGGAUGGCUUUGGGUCGAGGGAACUCCGAUGAGGCUUCCUCUCAGAGCGCUGAACCUGCGCCAAGCAACUCCAAGUCUCUGCCAGCCCCACGACUCCGCUCUAGGUUUCACAUUGAGCAAUCCCCAGAAUGGCACCCUGGCUACGUUUUGGGCCGACACAGAACCCAUCUACUGGUCCUGGGUGCGAGCUAUCGCUGCUGAACUCGUUAGACAAACACCUUUCCGGGCUCAGCGCUGUUUGAACUUCCUGGAGAUCCUGACCAUCUGUCCUCGAGGUCCAGUGCCGCUGCCGGACAGCCCCACCGAAUCCAGAAGGCGGUCUCGAAGUGAACUGCGCUCCUGGUUUCGUAACUCAUCAAAGGAGAGAGAGGUGAACAGCUCGAUCACGUCAGAGGAGUACCGGAGGAGAGCCAGGAGCGAGCUGCGAGGCUGGUCUAGCAAUUCGAGCGACGAAGACGUCCACGGGGAGUUUCGUAGUAUUCCCCAUAUCCUCCCGAAGGAACUUCCGCCCACGAGGCCCUGGGCCUCUAGCGAAAGCAGCGAGGGUAGCGACGACAGCUUGCCCUGGGGUGGCGGCCAGUCGAGCGUCGACUCCGCUGACUCCGUCAACGGUAUUUGCACAACAGUACUUCCACCGCCGGAGACCAAGGAGCAGAGGAUAGAGAGGUACAAGGAGGCGAGGCGAAGGGAAAACGAGGCCCGGAGUCGCAGGGUUGUGGAGGAGGAUGCCCGACGCCGAAAGGCCUGGGCUGAGGAGAACAACAACAUCGUGUCCCUCACCAAGUUAACAAGGAUUUGCCACUCUGCCGAGAUUGAGAAAAACGUCGAGAACAACAACAACAACAACAACAACAAUAAUAAAAACCACAACAUAGUGCUGUUGCCUUCGACAAACGGUGUGCAAGCUACGCGCAGGAACGGUUCAGUAUCGAGAGAGAAAUCCGCGAAAGAUGUAUCCUCGUGUAGUUUGACUACGGUGCGUCGGAGGUCACCGGAGUCGAGGACGACGACGACGACGAACGGCUCGAUUCUCGAGGGUGAAAAAUUCGAGGUGAUAAAGUCGUCGCUAGUCAAAGUACCGGGAAACUCUGUACGGUUCGAAGAACACCGGAACCUGGCCAACUCCGUGAAACUCAUAUCGAGCCAACCAAAAACUGAUUCAGUUUCCGGCAGUGUCGGCGAACGCAGAAGCCGCGCCAGAGAACGACGCUGCGUCCGAGACAGGGGCCUGACGACGUUGAUUAACCACUCGUCGAACGUCGAUACUCAGGUCGAAACUAUCUGCGAUCGCAAGGAACGGCUGGCACCCGUUUCCUCCAGGAUUCCGAUCUACCAGCAAGUACAAACCCCAGCAUUGGAAGUUUCCGCGACCACUUUGACCUCCUUGCCCACCUUGUCCUUGACCAGACCCUCAGCACUGAAACACAGAGAUACAACCCUGCAGCCGAAAUCCCCCACGUCGUUUUCACUCGCCCCUGAACCUCCCGAAGAGGCGAUUGCCAGGCUCCUGAAGCGGUGUCAACGCGUCGAUCACUAUGUUCCGGUACGCGACAAACUCACACUUUUCGAAUCAUUGUCGAGACUCGGUGGUCGGCUAGCCAGAAGCACUGAGGACCUCGGAAGGGCCAAAGCCAAUCCUAGUCCUAGAGGAAAACAGCGGGCGCGGUCCCUUCACGACUUGAACAGGGCCGCUAAGUCCGUUCCGGUUAGAGAAAUGUGCAGGUUUUUCGAGGGGGAGAAAUCUACCGAGGAAACUACUGGCCAUGUGCAUAUACAGAGGCCCAGAUUUUGUAGCGACUCCGCUUUGACUAGCCGAAGUCGGACGUGGAGCGACGCCGGCGUUGUCGCUAAUCUUACUCUAUCCACCCCGAGUAGUACUUAUACGCCUAACAAGAAGUCUUCGACGAAAUCGACCGGCAGAAGGAGGCAGUACGCUAAAUGAAAUAUUCGAAAAACGGAGAAAUGUUUGAAUUGUUUUGUUUUGCAUCAGUUGGAAAGGAAUCGAUUAUUUGUUGCUAUUAAAAACACCCUCAAAGGGUGGAUUUUUGCGGUAAUGGAGUGUCUUG